AUGAUGGAAUUGUCAACUGACGUUGUGCGCGCUAAAGCUCUCUUAGGUUCGGUUGAAAACAAAGAAAAUAAAAAUGGAGUGAAAAAACAAAAAGGCGUUUUUAACAAAGAUUGGUUGAGAGAUCCAAAAUAUUCAGAAUUUUUACUGGCAGUUAAUCAUGAUGAAAGUAAAGCUAGAUGUUCAGCUUGUAACAAGGACAUUUCCGUUCAUGCUGGAGGAAAAAGUGAUUUAGAUAAACAUGUUUAUACUGUGAAACAUCAAGAUUUGAUUAAAAAAAAGCAGAAAAGUAAGUGGACUUCAUUUUCAUUUACUUUUCUUGCUUUUCUUCUUUUGUCGGUUUACCGCAGGUUUACUCGACACCUUUUUUACGCCCGUCACUGAAUUAGAUAAAUUAUCAGCAACCGAAGCAACAUUUGUAUUUCAUGAUGUAAAGCACGGACAUUCAUAUUUAUCACAAGAUUGCACUGUUUCCGUCGUUAAAACUGUUUUUCCCACAUGCACCGUAGUAAAAAACAUGACCUGUGGUCGAACCAAAGCACGUAAUAAUUUGUUGACUUCGAGUGCCUUUUUAACGUCGGUUUUAAUUUCAUUCUUUAAUCUUAAAGGUUCUAUCGCUUGCGAUGUUUUAUCUCCA